AUCAAACUUCUCUCUAUAUGUGUAUAUGUAUGCAUGCCAAAAGUCAGCCGUGGAUAUAUAAUAAUCAAAUCAGUUGCUGAGAAAAAAUUUCAAACAAUGUGGCUACAGAAAGGAAACGGUGUUAAUGGCGGCAAAAAGGGAGGAGCAGGCGGAGGGGGAAAGGGGUUGGUGGCUAUUGCUAUUAACAGGGAAAAAGGAAGCCAAAAUGCUAUCAGAUGGGCCGCCGAGCAUCUGCUCGGAAGGGGCCAAAAUGUGGUAUUAAUCCAUGUGGUUCAGAGACCUUCCAGUGCGGCUGCUUCUUUGAUUGGGGAAGCCAUUAUUUGUAACAGUGAUGGCGGUUUCUCUGCUGAUACCCCUCGGAAACAGCAGCUCGAGAUGCAGACGAGGGACAUUUUUCUCACCUUCCAUUGCUAUUGUACUCGCAAGGAUAUUCAAUGCCUUGAUGUUAUAUUGGAAGACACCGAUGUGGUAAAAGCAUUAAAUGAAUAUGUCUCGUACGCUGCAAUCGAUAACUUGGUGCUUGGGGUUCCUACGAAACAUGGAUUUAUUAGGUUCAAGACAUCGAGCGUGGGAGGUAGCGUGUCGAAAGGGGCACCAGAUUUCUGCACUGUGUAUGUCAUCUCAAAGGGGAAGGUGUCGUCAGUGAGAAAUGCGUCUCGCUCAGCUCCCUCUUUUUCUCCUCUACAUGACCAUUUACAGAAAUUAUCCAAGCCAAUCGUACAGGGAGCAAUCACUCCUCGACAUAAGUUUCUUCUAAGAGAUAGGGCAUCGUUCAAGCCUCGCACCAUUCACGAUGAAUUAGUCAAGUCACCUAUCUCUCACGGAGGAGAGAGAAUUUCUAUCACGAAAUGUAGCGGAGGGUUCUUUGAGACAGAAUCCGACAUAUCCUUUAUAAGCUCUGGCAGACCAAGCAUGGAUCGUACUUCUGUUGCAUACGACUACUCUGAUUCAGCUCCCUCGCGAUUUUCAACCAGUUCAGAGAGUAGCUUUACAUCUGUACCAUUUCAACCAAAAUGGACAGACCUCAAUAAUCUCAAUGAUUUCUCAUCAGUUUCAGAUGAGAGCUGCAGGACACCAUGUUCCUGGUCAUCUCAGAACUUGGAUGAAGCAGAACUUGAAAUGAAGAGGUUGAAGCUAGAGCUUAAACAAACUAUGGAGAUGUACAGUACAGCAUGUAAAGAAGCACUAACAGCAAAGCAAAAGGCAAUGGAACUGAAUGAUUGGAGACGUGAAGAACAACAAAAACUAGAAGAGGCACGACUUGCUCAAGAAGCAGCAAUAGCUAUUGCAGAGCAGGAGAGAGCGAAAUGCAGAGCAGCAGUGGAAGCAGCUGAUGCAGCUAAGAGAAUUGCAGAGUUAGAAUCACAUAAAAGAGCAAAUCUAGAGAUGAAAGCACUUAAAGAAGCAGAGGAAAUGCCGAGAGAAUUGAAAAAUAUUGCACAAAGUGACAUCAGAUACAGGUUAUAUUCAAUUGAGGAGGUUGAAUCGGCAACGGAACGUUUUGCACCAUCUCGGAAGAUAGGAGAGGGAGGUUAUGGACCUGUCUUUCGUUGUCGUCUUGAUCACACAUCGGUUGCGGUCAAGAUCUUGCGUCCUGAUGCAUCUCAAGGGAGGAGUCAGUUUCAGCAGGAGAUUGAUAUAUUGAGUUGCAUAAGGCAUCCCAACAUGGUACUUCUUCUAGGAGCAUGCCCGGAAUAUGGCAUUCUAGUGUACGAGUACAUGUCCAACGGAAGUUUGGAGGAUCGACUCUUCCGAAAGGGGAACACCCCUGUUAUUCCUUGGCAAUUGAGGUUUCGAAUUGCUGCUGAGAUUGCUACUGGCCUUCUGUUUCUCCACCAGACAAAGCCAGAGCCAUUAGUGCACCGUGACCUCAAGCCAGCUAACAUAUUGCUGGACCACAGCUAUGUUUGCAAGAUAAGCGACGUCGGUUUGGCUAGGCUUUUACCUGCUGUGGCCGAGAAUGUAACACAAUGCUGCAUGACUUCGGCCGCUGGAACUUUCUGCUAUAUAGACCCUGAGUAUCAACAAACUGGAAUGCUUGGGGUUAAAUCUGAUGUGUAUUCACUAGGUAUCAUGUUGCUUCAACUAAUUACAGCCAAGCCGCCCAUGGGGUUGGCUCACCAAGUCGCUCGCUCUAUUGAGAAGGGGACUUUUCAGGAGUUUUUGGAUCCAGCUGUGACUGAUUGGCCAGUGGAACAAGCACUUUGCUUCGCUAAAUUAGCACUUCAAUGUGCAGAACUUAGACGAAAAGACAGACCAGAUCUUUGCAAUGUUGUGCUGCCAGAACUUAACAACUUGAGAGAAUUUGGUGAGAAGAAAAUGGAGCACAUGGUGUCAUGGGCCAUUAGUGGAUCUUUGAGCGGUUUUAGCGAUGCCUCAAUGGAGCAGGAUAUAAUGAGCGACCCGCACCUAAUGAUGACUUCAGAAAGUUCCAAGGGCCAGUCUAGCGCAUCGUCACAGGCAGGAGGAGACUGAGGUACCAUAUUACUUCUACAAUCUAUCGCUACCUCUUGGCCUUUGGCCUAACCAAGGAGCAGUUAGAUAUACAUAUUAAUAUUGAACAUAAAGUUGAUAUCUAUGUAACUUAUCAUGCCACUUUUCUCAGCCCAUUCUUCUUGCCAACAUGAUUUCUUAAUAUCUACCCUAUGAUAUUCCUUCAAAAAUGUGUGUGCACAUGAAGGUUGAGAGCUGUUUUACUUAUUUGAGCUUCCAUUGUACUUUAACUUCAUUUCUGAAAAAUUCAGAGCUUCUCAUUGGUGUUCUUUCUA